AAAAUAAUUUUAAAAUAUAAUAAAUAAAAAAAAAUAAAAUAUAAUAAAUAAAAUAAAAAAUAAAUUAUAAAAAUAAUUAUAAGAAAUUAAAAACAAAAAAAUCAAAAAUUAAACGUGAAUUCUUCAGUGCAAUAUUUAUGCGUUAAACAAUAUAUAAUCCGCCAUAAUGUCACGCGUAUCAGUUUUACUCAUACUCUUAUCAAUGGUCAUUAUCAACUCCGGCGACAGCAAUCACAGUAAUCACAACAACAACAACAACAACAAAAAUUAUAGUAGAAUACAUACAUUUCAUCAGCCAUACAGCAGCAUCAAUAGCACGAAAAUCGUCAAUCAUCCAGUAUCUAGUUUAAUAACUGCAGUCAACAAUAGUGAAGAAACACGCGCAGAACAACAACAACAACUGCAAGAACAACAAAAGCAGUCAACUCCAAAUCAACAGCAACAGCAAACAAAACAACAGCAGUCUGCGCAGCGCGACAAAAGAGCUUCUGGCGACUUCCAGUUGGACGAAGCGGAGAUCGCGCGACAAAAUCAGAUAACACAACAAAUAUUUGCCAAAUAUUUGGAACGACGACUCUUCCCAAAUCGCAGCACAAACGAACGCAUACCCACCAUCUCGGAAAUCUUACCCAAACCAUCAUCCUCUACGACGGCACGUCCACGACCGCGUGGUUUCUCCUCCGCGGCAGAUUUUCACAAUUUCCGUCGUGGUGUUGAUACACAAAAAACGAACGGUCGCAAACGAUAUGGCGGUGCUAAUCAAAAACAACGACAACGGCCGAGGGGCGCCGGUGCACAUCGUCAGCAAUUAGUUGUUGAACCUGAAGAGGAGGAAGAACAAGAUGCAGAACCGACGCUGCAAAAGAGUACAGAGUAUUAUACGGAUAUCAAUGCCGAUGCCGAUGAAGUGGCCGAUGAUGGUCAAGAGUCACUACAAAGUGUCGAAUCUGAGCAACACGAUCACUACUACAGCGAUGUGUUUAAUCGUGAUCCCAGCGAAAAUGAAAUUGACAGCGAUUGUCCGAACUGUGUGGACGAGUCUCAAUACACGAACAAAUGGACAAUGCCGCUGCUCAAACUGGGCGAGAAGCGUUACUACCUCGGCAUCUUCUUCAAGGCGAAUUGGUUCAAAGCAUCACAAUAUUGCCGCUAUCAUGGCAUGCACUUAGCAAGUAUUGCAUCACAAGAAGAGAAUGACAGACUGGAAAAACACAUACGCGAUUUUGCAGGUUUGGGUCACGAACACUUCUGGACAUCUGGCACUGACUUGGCCGAUGAGGGCAACUACUUUUGGAUGGCCAAUGGCCGACCCAUUACAUUUACGAAUUGGAAUGCUGGCGAACCGAAUAAUUUCCGUUAUGAGAAUGGCGAGGAGGAGAAUUGCAUGGAGUUGUGGAAUCGCGAUGGCAAGGGAUUGAAAUGGAAUGAUUCGCCGUGUAGUUUUGAAACGUAUUUCGUGUGCGAAGUGCAGGCAAUUUAAUUAACACGAGCGGGCGUUGAUUGACUGAAGCACAAACAAAUAAUGUAAUAAACGAAUAACAACAACAAAAACAAACGACAGAAGACAAAUGCAAAGUUGUCAAAUGUUGCUGCUGGGGAGCUAAGCAUAAUAACAUAAGGAAAUAGCGUACUUUUUAUUGUAUUUUGUGUGUGUGUGUGUGUGCGGCAACGCUAAUGCGCACGCGUAAUCAUUGUAUUGCGAAAUUUGCAUAAUUUCAUAAGCGACGGUACUUGCUGAUUGAGGUGAUUAGACGCACUUGUGUCACGCACUAGCGGCUAAAAUGUGUACGCACGGCAUUACAAAACACAAAGAGGGGCGAUGUUUUUUUUAAUAUUUGCAAAAAUAUUUUUUUUUUUAUUUUUUAAUAUUACUUAUUUAUUUUUAAUAUUAUUUUUAAUUUGUUCAGAUAUCUCAUUUAAAUUUUGUUUUUGAAUAUUUUUUAUAUUAAACAUUUUUUUGAAAAAUUUUCAAAUUUUUUUUUUUAGCUUAGUUUGUCGCAAUUUUUUAGACAUCUUAUUUAAAUUUUGUUUUUAAAUAUUUUUUAUAUUAAAAUUUUUUUUUUAGAUUUUUUGAAAAUUUUUCAAAUAUUUUUUUUUCAAUUUAAUUAUGAUAUCUCCUUUAAAUUUUGUUUUUGAAUAUUUUUUAUGUUAAAAUUUUUUUUUUUGAAAAUUAUCCAAUUUUUUUUUCAAUAUAUUUAUUUUGUUUGCGCUUAAUUUGUCGCAAUUGCAUUCGCGCGUAAUUUUUGCAGAAACACCUCGUCGCCCAAUCAGCUGCAUGCCACUUGAAUACGCAAAUUAAAUUUCAAAUCACAUAUUACGUAUACGCAGCGGUGGCCCGCGAUUUUUGUAUACACUUCGCUCAUUGCCUUCAGUGUAUUUGUAAUGUCGCAGACGCACAACGAAGUUAAGAAUUUAUGCAUUUAUGUAAGUGAUAAGUACAUCGCUAUCAUUUUCAUGUUCGAUAAAUGCGUGGGGACAGCAAAAUCCAGUUGUUACUCAUACGCCGUGUACACCCCACUCGCUAAAUUCACUACGAUUUGUACGAAAUAAAAUGUUAAUGUACUAAAUAAAAAUGAGAAAUAACUUAAAUAUGCAUAAAUCUACUUAGAAGCACUUAAUUAAACUACAUUUACUGCCUUAGCAUUAUGUACAUACAUACACUAUUGUAUAAGUAAUGUAUAAAUUAUUAUUGUUUAGUUAGUGUCAUUUUAAAUUAUAUUGUAAUUAAAUGUAUUGUAUACCAUAAUGUAUCAAAUUCUGUAUGCUUAAAGACUUAAGUGCGAAUGAUACAAUAUUAAGUUAAGUAUCUAUAGCAAAACAAAAAAAGACAAAAACAAAAAUAAAAACAACAAAAUAAAUCACAACACAAUGAAGAUAGUAUAUAUGUAUCUAUAUGUAUAUGUAAAUGCGUUAAUGUAAGUCAAAA